AAGUGAAAAACGGGCAUGCGGCCUUCUAACGUUAAUCUUUUUCGAAAACACUUUAAUAUUUAGUUUGAAACUGAAAUGAGCCAUUGCACUUUUCUACACAGUUGUCUGAUUGAUCAGCCUGAACCCGCAAAGCUGUUGAGCUACAAGACAAGCCCAGACACCUAGCCUACCAUCAUGGCAGAUCAUGAUCAUGACUUCACCAGUGGAGACUCUGGGGCUUCCACAACUUACCCCAUGCAAUGCAGCGCCCUGCGCAAGAACGGCUUUGUCGUUCUCAAAGGACGUCCAUGCAAGAUAGUGGAAAUGUCAACCUCCAAGACUGGCAAGCAUGGUCAUGCCAAGGUCCAUAUGGUUGGAAUUGAUAUCUUCACUGGCAAGAAAAAUGAAGAUAUUUGCCCCUCCACCCACAACAUGGAUGUUCCUAAUAUUAAAAGGGUUGAUUACCAGCUGGUCAACAUUUCCGAUGGGUUCCUCACCCUCCUGAAAGACAACGGAGAUCUUCGUGAGGACCUUAGACUGCCAGAAGGUGACCUGGGAAAAGAGAUUGAGAGCAAAUUCGAAGCUAAUGAAGACAUUAUGAUCUCUGUCCUGUCUGCCAUGGGAGAGGAGUGUGCUGUUGCGGUCAAGGCCAUGACCAAGUAACCAGGCAGGGGCAGGCUAAUUGGGCUAACGCCUAUAACCAGAAAGUAUAAAGUGUUGGUUUUGAAGUGGCACCAAAGCUACGGCCUUGGAUAAACAACCUUGAAUCAUUUCAGUUCAAACCCAAAACCGCGUUGGACCCUCUCCCAUACCGUCUCCUAAUCUGAUGGCGAAUUGGUUAUCUCCAGAAC